AUGUCAACACAGUCACCACCAACAUCAGCGUCCCAGCGAUCGUCCUCCGUGGAAUCGUUCAAAGUGAUGGACGUUUUGAAACGAGCCAACGAAUUGCAAGCGCAAGGACACAAGGUCUGGCAUUUGGAAGUGGGACAACCCGAAUCAGGGGCACCUGCUCUAGUGGCAAGCGCUGCCCAAGCCGCACUUGCUGGCGAACAAACCAUGGGAUACACGGAUGCCUUUGGACUGUUGGCACUCCGACAAAAGAUUGCCGACUUUUACUUGACGAAAUACGGGGCAAACAACAUCAAGAUUGAAAAUAUUGUCAUUACGACGGGUUCCAGCGGAGCCUUUCUUUUGGCAUUUACUGGCUGUUUUGAUGCUGGUGAUACUGUCGCUAUUGCAUCCAGUGGGUAUCCAUGUUAUCGCAACAUUCUUCAGGCACUCGGUUGCAAUCUUGCGAGUGUGGAAAUCAACUCGGAAUUCAAGUUGACGGCCAAGGAAUUGAAGCAAGCCAUUGACACACGAAAGGAGAAAGGUCAGCCUCCUCUCAAGGGGUUGAUAUUGAGUAGUCCAUCCAAUCCAACAGGAGCUAUGCUAUCACCAGAGGAAUUGAAGGAUCUGUGUCAAUUAUGUGAUGAGGAGGGUAUUCAUUUUCUAUCGGAUGAGAUCUACCAUGGUAUCAGCUAUGGAAUGCCUGAAGCAACCGCCAUUACCUAUUCUUCCAAUGCGUUCGUCAUUAACAGCUUUUCCAAGUACUAUUCAAGUGAGUAA